AUGGUGGUGUCAGUGGGGCCAUCCUCGGAAAGUGGUAGUCGGUUUUUAGAGGCUUGCUGCAGUCCUGAGGGUGAAGUUUAUUUAGUCGAUGGGGCCAGAAUUCAGCGGCGGGUCAGGGCUGGGGCGGUAGCGGCCCUGAAGUCAGCGGGCGCAGGGCGGGAACGUAAGUGUUCUCUUGUGGUGUCCGGAGAGAGUGAUGCGGACCCGAGGCUCCCCCUGAAGAGGCCCCCGGUUGUGGGCCAGCGAGGAAGUGCCAAGCGGGACCGUAAGGCCAUCAACCUGCAGAUGAAACUGGAGGUGCUGCGGCGCUUCGAAGCUGGAGAGAAGCUCAGCCGGAUCGGGAGGGCGCUGGGGCUCUCCACCUCCACUGUGGCCACCAUACGUGAUAACAAGGACAAGAUCCGCGCGAGCUCCCAGGCGGCCACCCCGCGCGCGGCGGCCACGCUGACGCGCAGCCGCAGCCUGGUGAUGGAGAACAUGGAGCGGCUGCUGGGCCUGUGGAUCGAGGACCAGCACCGGCGCCACGUGCCGGUCAGCGUGGUGCUCGUGCAGGAGAAGGCCCGCAGCCUGUUUGAGGAGCUCAAGCGGGCGCAGGGCGAGGGUGCCAAGGCGGAGACCUUUGGGGCCAGCCGCGGCUGGUUCGCGCGCUUCAAGGCGCGGCACGGGCUGCUCGGCCUGGGCGCCGCUGGCGAGGCGGUGCGCGCGGACGCGGGGCCUGCGCGCCGGUACCCGGCGCUGCUGCGGCGGGUGAUCCAGGAGGGCGGCUACACGGCCCGGCAGGUGUUCAAGGUGGACGAGACCCGGCUCUUCUGGAGGCGGCUGCCGGGCAGCACGGCCCCUUCCCCGGGGGAGAAGCCCGGCCCCGGGCUCCCAGCCGCCCGAGAUCUCCUGACCCUGCUGCUCGGCAGCAACGCCGCCGGCGACUUCAAGCUGAAGCCGCUGCUGGUGUACCCCUCGGAGAGCCCGCGCGCCCUCGGGGGCUUCUCCAAGCCCAACCUGCCUGUGCUGUGGCGCUCGCACAGGAAGGCCCGGGUCACUGUGAGCCUCUUCCAGGAGUGGUUCGUGCACUUCUUCUGCCCCGCCGUGGAGAGGUACUGCGCCGGGCACGGGCUCCCGUAUAAAGCUCUGCUUGUCCUGGACCGCGCUCCCGGCCGCCCCGGCAAUCUGGACGACCUCUCCGACCACGUGCGCGUGGAGUACCUGCCCAAGGACACCACGACCCUCAUCCAGCCCAUGACCCAGGACGUGGUCGCCACGUUCAAGGCCUGCUACCUGCGGAGGGUCUUCUGCCUCUUGGCGGCGAGGGCGGGAGGCGCAGGCGAGCAGUCAGCGGCCCUGGACUUCUGGCGGGACUACAGCAUCCUGGACGCCGUGUACAACAUCUCCGAGUCCUGGGAGGAGGUCCCGUCCGCGACAUUGAACGGGGGCUGGAGGAAGCUGUGGCCUGAGUGCCUCCAGCAUGAUGCCUGCGGCCCGCACGUGGAGAGCCUCCCACAGAUCCGGCGGGAAGUCGUGUCGCUGGCGCACCGCCUGGGUUUCAGGGAGGUGGCAGAGGUGGAUGUGGUGGAGCUGCUGCAGAGCCAGGGCGCAGACCUGUCCAACGAGGAGCUGGUGGGGCUGGAGCAGCAGCGGGCAGCCGGGGCGGAGGGCGAGGACAGCUCGACGGUCUACCGCCAGCUCACCGCCAGGCACCUGGCCGAGGCCUUAGCACAUUUCGAUGCUGGCCUGCAGAUCGUCAGGGACAACGACCCCAACUUGGAGCGCAGCCUCCGCGUCUGCCGGGGCGUGAACAGCGUGAUCAGCUGCUAUCGGGAGCUCUUCAAGGAGAAGAGAGGCCCCAGCUAG